AUGAGCUCGCUCAAGCAGCCCAUCGUUCUUCUGAAGGCGAUCCUAGUCCGACUGCCUCUGAUUCUCAAGACACUUAUCCUUCAUGGCAUUCAAAUGUCCCCUGUGACGGGAAAGCAGGACUUGCGCACCGAGUUAACGGUCGCAGUCCUGCGCUCAUUCAUGGGCCUGAAACAUUCAGUCCUUAAAAUGCAGAAAGACAGCAUGCGUGAUCCUGGAAUCAAAGGCCCUAUGUGGGUGUCCAAAGUGACACUCCCCCAACCUGAGAUCGAUGUGCGCGACGCGGUGUUGCGCGCAAUCGACGUCCUCAAGACCGGCGACGAGACCUGUGAUAUACCAGAUAUCGCUGCCGUUGAAGCGGAAUGGACUGGCUACCGCGGCAAUGUGGGAAAGCGCACGGCGCAGCCCAAUAUCUCGGAAGAGGAGAAAUAUCACAAGCUGCGCGCGGAAUCGCCAUCUGAUAUGACAAUCCUGUAUUUCCACGGCGGUGCUUACUUCCUCAUGGACCCAUGCACCCACCGUGUCCCCCUCGCACAUCUUUCCCACCGAACAGGAGCCCAAAUCCUCUCCAUCCGCUAUCGACUAGCACCACAGAACCCAUUCCCAGCAGGCCUGGUAGAUGCCCUAACAGCCUACCUCUCUCUCAUCCACCCACCACCAGGCUCCCUCCACAAGCCAGUCCCAGCAAACAAGAUCAUCCUUGCAGGUGACUCGGCAGGCGGCAACCUCUCACUAGUCCUCCUGCAAACCCUUCUAACCCUCCACCGCACAUCCCACACGCUUCAUUUCCACGGCAAAGACGUGCCCAUUGAAUUACCGGGCGGCCUAGCAGCAGUAUCACCAUGGUGCGAUAUCACUCGCUCAAUGCCAUCAGUGAAAAGAAACGAGCUUUUCGAUUUUCUCGAUGCCCCGCCAGGCGCAGACACUCCAUUCGAGCCGAUUCCCUUCCCGCCAGAUGAUAUCUGGCCUGUAUCCCCGCCGCGAGUGGAUCUCUUCUGCAACGCCAACAUGGUUCUGCAUCCAUUAGUCUCCCCGCUCACGGCCCCAGCCGAGCUCUGGAAGGAUGCACCACCAAUUUGGAUAUCGACUGGUGAGGAAGGUCUCACGGACGAAGGAUUGAUCGUUGCGCGCCGCAUUCACCAGGCUGGUGCUCCUCUCGUCGCUGAGAUGUUCGAGGGUAUGCCGCAUUGCCAUGGUAUGCUUAUGAUUGAAACGACGCAGGGCCGCCGGUUCUUCGAGAGUUUUGCUUCGUUCUGUCGGGACGCGGCUGCUGGUCGUGUUACAUCGACGAGUAAUCUCACUUAUAUUUCUUACAAGGCGAAAUCUGAGAAGCAGAUUCCAAUUGAGAAGGCUUGUGAGACGACUGAUGAGGAGGCUGACGCUCUUUUGCGGAAGAGCGCUGCUUGGAGAUUGGAGGGGGAGAAGGCUAUGCAGAAGGAGUGGCGGGAAAGAGCGCGUCUAUGA